AUGUCUUCGGAUUGCAGGAUUAGACAGUCAAGGAGGAAGGAUCGUUCAUUUAGGAGAAUAAAUGAGGCUCCUAUAUAUUGCAGCAAUUCUGAUGUGGCGUCUCAUCAAGCAAAUUCUCAAGACAAACAAAGGGACCCGUUUCUCCAGCUGGUUUCUCUCCAGAAGGCGUCAGGCUGCUGGGAGCUGGACGCCACACUGGCUGAUGUGUUUGGGAAGACGGAGGAUGAGCUGACCAAUCAGAAACCAGCACAGGUGGAUGGGUCAGUAUGGGCCACUCUCCUGGCUCUGAUCUGGUUAUACAGCUGUAAAAUAGAGCAGCAGGUCGAGUGGCAGUUUGUGGCCAUGAAGGCAGCGUCAUGGAUCGGCUCUCAGAAAGUGGGCGAUCUGUCUCAGUGUGUGUGUGUGGGUAAUGCCCUGCUCGGAUGUCAGAUGACCAAAGAAACACUGGGAAUCUGAAGACGUCAGUGUUUCUACUUCCUGUGCCGUCUAAUAAAGGAUUUACUGUAUAAACAGA